AUGCUCCUAAUUUCAGACCUCCCCCUCCUCCUCCGCCCCUCUCCCACCUCUCCCUCCUCCUCCCCCUCCUCCUCCUCCUCCUCCUCCUCCUCUCAAGCCAUCGCCGCGUGGAACUACCAGGGGUCACACAACAAUAACCAGGAUUUCAACCAACACAACAGACAUUUGGAGGCUGGCACGGCCGAAGCCGCACCUAGGCGUGCCGCCGUCGCCUGGCUCGGAUCCCACACUGUGGUGAGAGUGCCAUAGAGGCCACAUUAAGAAGGAGGUAUUGCAGUCUGACUCUCAGACCACCACCGCUCGAGGAGGAGGUCAAAGUUAUCCCGUCAGUUGGCAACAUUCCAAGCCACGGCUUUUCGCGCACCGUGGUAGCUUCAAGCACGUCAGAUUGUUUAUAGUGAGGAUAGGUGUGCUGAGUCGUCGACCUCACUCUCCCUUCCCAUUCCCACACCACAGCCGCUGUCCGAGCCGGUCAGCAGACUGCAGUGGGGAGUGGGCGCGAUGGCUGGCAUGAUUGACUGACCAUGCCUGCGUGCGCCACAGCACGACCUGGCCCUCCAUACACACGCACACACCAGAAUUUCACACAACGGAGGUUUAACGGCGGGUCUCUCACUUGCGUGAGAGGGCCGCUAAAGGUGCUGUUUCAGCCCGUCUCUCAGCCCACCAGUCCGCCACUCCACAUAACACACACACACACACACACACACACACACACACACACGCACACACACACACACACACACACACGACAGUUCGUCCGUCGAUUUCGACGAUGACCACCGUGUGCCCCACAGACUGCAUUGUGGGAGCAGGGACGGUGACUUACGCAGGGGUUUAUAGUGCCAGUAGACUUGCGUAGCAUCUACCUACACUCUCUCCUCCUCCCCCGCUUGAGCACGGUGCCAAGACAGAGUCAAGAAGACCGGAGACGGGGGAGGCCGCAGGUGGAUGGCUCGGACGGGUCUUCGCCUUGGCGCUCCACUCCGCACCCCUGGUCCACACACCAAGACCAGGAUUUUGACCACAAAACAAUGGGGUGGAGGCAGUGGUCCAGUUGUGCGACGAAUGCCGACAAUAGGGUCCGCCAGCGCACCCCGCAAAUGUUGGCAUUUGUUAUUACGCAAAGAUAACGCCUGCCAGAGUCCGAUGUGGCCCCCGUGUUGGUCCAGCGCAUCUAACACGUGGCCCGUUUUGGGGGCACACACACACACACACACACACAACGUGACGAACUGCGUGGUCCGAGUAAGGGGGCGUCAAUCAGCAGCCUUCCUAUCCACGACGCUUGACGUGUCGGGAUAAUCUCACACUCAGAUCACCCGUGCAGCCGGAGACGCAUGGGACGGAGUUGGGAUGCACCCCUCCCUCUUUUCGUGGAAGGUGACAGUUGGGUGCAGGUGGAUGGCGCGACCAGCCCACGCCUUGGCGUUCCACUCCGCACCCCCUGGCUCACACAACAAUUGACUAGGAUUUUAACCACAUCAUCACCACCACCACCACUGCCGCCGCCGUCGCCACCACCACCACCACCACCACCACCACCACCACCACCACCACCACCACCACCACCACCACCACCACCACCACCACCACCACCACCACCAACAAGAACAACUGGAAGGACGUGGAUAACUGGACAGCCAUGCACACGACCUGUAUACCCAUCUGGAGCGCAGGCCCAUCUACCUCAAGAGAACCGCCAGCGCACACCAGGUUGCGAGAGCCAGGGUUUGCUGAUCCUGGCGUAGCAGAUGCUUACAUUCCUUGA